AUGCUGGAAGGCUUCAGGCCAAUUAUUCCCUUCGCAUGGACAGCCGUCGUUAUCAUCAUAACCAUGAUGAAUGCUGUGUACAGAGUAUCUCCUUUUUUGCAGGGGACUCCAUUGCAGACUCCGUUGAAGACUGUUUUGAAGACUCACUUGAGACCUCCCUCCUUCAAGACUUCCGUGCGCACUGUGAACAACACGACGUCGGACAUCCCGGAGUGUCCGAGAUGGACAGAGAGGACGAUCCUGUUUGUGGGGGACUCUAUCGAGCGUUACAUGAUGAAAGCAGUGUUCCCACGAUGUCCCGAAAAGGGCGGAGGGGUGGUCAGCCACAUGGAUUGCUGGGAUGCAGACAAGCUGCUGCACGUCCUUUACAUCUUCAACAAGUUUGACGUUUCCACGCAGGGGCCCUGGCACAAAAUCGACAGGAAGUCCAAGUUUGAAGUAUUCACCGAGGCACUACGGAACUUGACUCUCGGACUUGACGUGCAUGAGAUCUGGCUUGGGACAAACUUCUGGACGCUGGCCCGCCUGAGCAAUCAUAAUCAAACCCUCCUAUUAAGCAUGGAUAGCGGCAGCACGGAUGUAGCGACCGCUUAUGCUGCGAAUCUCACCAAACUCAUGAACACAAUUCAGAAACUGGUCCCGAGCAACCGGCAGGGGUAUCUGCAACGCUUUCCAGCUAGAGACACCAUGAAGCGGGGGGAUUAUUGGUGGGGAAACCGAGUGCAGCAGUUGAAUGCCGCUGGUACAAAGGCUGCUCUUGCGCUUGGAUGGCGCGUCUACCGAACGUACGAUCGUAAGGUGGACAUCCGAGACUCGAUACAUCCUACAGAUGCCGUCCUGGUUGAAACUUUCCAGACACUGACCGGACACCGGGCUGCAGACCAAGCCUACCAGGCCUACCUUCCUGGCAGACGCCCAAAGCCUGGCGCUCCUUGCGACAAAGUGCUUGCUAACUAUUCUGUGAGGCACUGUCGUUCUGGACCUGGACAGCUUGUCGUGGCUCAAGAUCUUCGCCUGCAGGAACAUCCUUACGCGCUUCGAAGCUUUGGAUACCUUUGCGAGUUAGCAUUGCUUGGACGUGUGCGCCCAUGUGUGGCGUUCAACCUACGACAUUUUGAUAACGUUUCUAUUGAAGUCGGUUUGGACAUUCUUGCUCCACAAUGCGAAGUCCACACAUUUCAUCCCUGCAAUGACUCAGACAACACCUUAGGGCAGAGAUAUAACUUCACUGAACACUGCAUUACCUGGUCCCCCAGCGGGUUCAUGUCAACGGUGGCUGCACAAAGGCUCGGACACAAGCACGUUGAUGCCUUCAUGAUGGAUGUGCAAGGACAGGAGACCGUCUUCCUGCUGCACCUGCAAACCACAGGCUUCCUGCACGAGAUUGACCAGCUGCAAAUCAAUUUUUAUUCUGUGGACAGCAUGGAGAUCUGCUUGGAGAUGUUGAUUCGCAGCGGAUUCGAGGUGAAGUAUGCCCGGUGUGGCGUCCCAUGCGACUCCUGGCUCCUGCACUCAGGUCACUCUGCCCAGCGCUCGGACGAAGAUCGGAAGCCACUGCUCGCGAAAGGUUUGGACAAGUGGGAAGGCUCCGGCUUCGUCUGGUCGUUCUCUGUGUUAGGACCAGGACUCCUGGUCUGCUUAGCCGACACUGAUGCCGGCUGCCUGCUGGUGGCGGGCCAGUCUGGCUCGAGGUGGGGCUAUGCCCUUUUGCCGCUGCAGGUCUUCUUGAUCCCCGUGCUUUUCAUGGCGCAGGAUCUGACCGUGCGGCUCGGUGUUUGCACGCAGCAAGGCCACAGUGCCUGCAUUCGGGACAACUUCGGCCGUGGAUGGUGCUGGUUUACAACCGCCCUGCUCAUUGUGGAAUGCAUCAUCGCCAUGGUUUCUGAGAUGAGCGGCGUGGCCGCCGUGGGUCGCUUGUGGGGACUGAGCAACGCGGUGGCAGUGAUGCUCGCAGCUGUAGUAAUUCUGGCAGCUGUGGUCGGGCUCCGCUACCGCCAGAUCGAGGCUUUGGGCAUCGCAUUCGGCCUUUGCGAACUGGUCUUUGUCUUUACUAUGUUUUGGUAUCACCCGGCGCCUGCAGAGGUCUUCAAGGGCAGCUUCACGGGAACCGCAGAUCCCGAGUACCUGAAGCUCAUCUCUGCCAACAUUGGAGCUGUGAUCAUGCCCUGGAUGAUUUACUUCCAGCAGUCUGCCGUCGUCGCUCGCCGGAUGACAACCGGCCACGAGCUGAGCGAGGAACGCACGGGCACGCUGAUCGGCAGUUUCCUGACCCAGUUGAUCAUGAUCGGAGCGCUGGUGACGCUGGCGGCGGCGCACUCCGUCAGCCGUGACCUCCGCAGUACCCAGGACGUCGUCUCCGCCUUGAUCCCUGCCUUCGGCCCCUUCAUGUCCAAAUUGCUAAUCUCUUUGGCCUUCCUCGGCGGUUCGCUGUGCGCUUCCUUCGUGGUGGCCUUAGCUGGUACCUGGGCGCUCUGCGAGGCUCUGAGCCUCGAAGACACCUUUGCCUUGGAGCAGACACCCACAGAGGCCCCCUUCUUCUAUGGCAGCUUUGCCUGCGUGGUGCUCUUUGGGGUGGUCGUCCUCCUCUCUGGCAUCAACGUCGUGAAGUUGAACGUCAUGGUUGAACUUCUCGACGGAAUCCUCAUGCCGGUGGCCGUGGGAUUCCUGUACCUCCUCGCCAUCAGCAAGACUCUGCCGGAGCAGAUUCGGGUGAAGGGCCUGUACAAGUGGGUCCUCGGCAUCGUCUUUGCAGCCGUCGCCUGCGUCUCGCUUGUGAGCGCAUUCGCGGCGUACCUGACCGACACUAGCGACGAUGCCAAGAUGCUGUAG